CUCCUGGCCACUUGGCCUCCAUAGGCAGCACGAGUCCGGCUCUCUGUGCGCCACUGCUUGGAGCCGCCGCCUCGUUCUGCCUCCUCAGGCUGGACCCUGGUCCCGGCCACCCUCGCCCCCUUGCCCCCCUCCCUUCCCCCGCGAGUGGGUUCCUCACCCCCGGUGUCUUACCCGCCAGCCUUGUGGUUUCUGCACCCCUGCUGGGCGCCAAGCGGUGGGGAGCAGCCGGGUCCAGCAGGAUGGCCGCCCACGAGCCCCUUCACUGCACCCCCUCCUCCUGCCGACGGGGCAACGGGACAGCAGCGCCCGCGCCCACCUGCAGCGGUCCGGCCUGUCGUCCCUCCCGCACUCAUCCCCUGAGCCCGCGCUGAGCCACAGUCCGCCUGCGAAACCCCGAGCGUCUCUGCAUGGACCAGUCACGCCUGCGACCCAACACCGAUGGGUGUUUGGGGGAAACUGCCCAGGGAAGGAGCAUGCACAGGGCGGACGCAGGCUGGCUGCUGUCUGGGCCUCUGUCUGCCCUCUGGGAUGGCCGACGCACCCCACAGGUUGAGACCCUGGGACGUCUCCUGAGGCCGGAGCCUGUGGGACCCACCCCGCCCCCACCGUCUCGCGUGCGGCCGCUCCAGGUCUUCUGUCCUUUGGAGCCUCCCAGCCUGGCCUUCACCGACAUCCCCGACGUCCACCUGACCUGGCUCGUGCAAGCUGUGGUCAGCGUCUGGGCAUUGGUCCGCCGGGAGGGACCAGCUCUGCCCGUCUGCUCCUGGCGAUUCCUCGGGGUCCCAGAGUGCGGUCACAGAAACCUGCCAUUCCGUCCGCUCUGGUGGCCGGCACGCCUCUUCCCGAAGAAGCAGCCACUCGCCCACUGCUGGGGACGGUUUCAAGACGACGAGCUGGUGUUCUCUGCAUCCGACGACUGCCGGAGAGUCUCGCCAUCCAUUUCGGACUCGGCAAUUUGGGCAUAUUUGGUAUAUUUCCGUGUGUCGCAGGUGAGGAGCCUGGAGGUGGGUGUCCUGGAGGAUCGGCCUCACGGCCUGGGCAGCGGCAGUGAGUGGGACCAGCUCGGGGGCCUGAGCAGGAGUCUCCACCUCCUCGGACUGCAGUUUCUCUGGCAGGAAAACGGAGCGACAGCCUGGCAGACCCCCAGGCGCUGCAAGCAGGGCAGACAGGCGGCCUGA